AUGGAGAAUAGUUUACGCAAACAGGUGUUGUCCGUGAGUACGAAGUUUUUCGUAAUCGCAGUGAUUUCUCAGACUAUGGGUUUUGUCAACGUUACUCCAGCGUAUGAUGAACGUUCCAUAAGAGUGUACAACGUAGGCGUUCUUAUGGCUUCUCGCUUGAAUAGUCCUUUCGAUCUGGAGAGAUGCGGUCCAGCCGUCGACUUGGCUUUGGCCGAAGUAAAUGACUUCUUAAGCGUGCACAACAUAAAGUUGCGCAAGGUUCAAGGAAGCUAUCCAUUGUGUAGCGGAUCCGCGGCACCAGGUAUAGCCGCUGACAUGCACUUCCGAGCGAACGUGAUCGCGUUUAUCGGUCCAGCCUGUGCUUUCGCCCUGGAACCCGUGGCAAAACUCGCCGCCUAUUGGAACACUCCCAUAAUCACUGGAAUGGGUGACCAACCGCCAUCGGAGGAAGAACUGUCCGUAACAUCGGGUAUCCUUGGGAGAAUCAAUAAAUGGAAGAAUGAAAGCUCGGGAAUCUUCAAAGACAAAAGCAAAUAUCCAACUCUAACGAGGAUGUCUUAUUGCCAGUGUCGACUUCGACUGGUAUUCUCUAGUAUAUUUAAAGAAUUUGGAUGGUCCCACGUAGCGCUCAUAUUGGACAGAUCCGAUCUGUUCUCGUGGACUGUUGGGAAAAAUUUGGAAUACGGUUUAAGAAAAGAAGGGCUGUUGAAGUUCGUGAGAGAACUCGAUGGAAAUUCCGAGGACGAGUCCUACCAUUAUUAUUUGCGCGAUGCUAGUAUGUAUGCACGAGUGCUGAUCCUUAGCGUUCGAGGAACUCUGGUUAGAAAGUUUAUGUUGGCUGCUCACGACUUGGAAAUGACCAGGGGAGAUUGGGCCUUCCUCGAUGUUGAAAUAUUUCAAGGAGCCUAUUGGGGUGACCACGAUUGGCAGGUUGGCGACGAGAACGAUGCCAUUGCUAGAAAAGCGUACGAGGCGUUGCUCAGAGUAUCUCUUUUACAACCAACCAGUCCGAGAUUUCAAGAUUUUGCCGACACUGUUCGCCAAAGAGCUCAAACCGACUACAAUUAUUCUUUCUCGGAAGGAGAAGAGGUGAAUUUCUUUAUCGGAGCUUUCUACGACGGCGUAUAUUUGCUCGGAAUGGCAUUGAACGAAACUCUGUCCGAGGAUGGAGAUAUCACAGACGGCAUAUCGAUAACGAGGAGAAUGUGGGACCGAGACUUCAUUGGUAUUACGGGGCACGUGAGGAUCGACGACAAUGGAGAUCGCGACGCGGACUACAGUAUCCUGGAUUUAGAUCCUAUCACGGGAAGGUUCGAAGUCGUUGCGCACUAUUUAGGAUUAAAUCGAGAAUAUAGUCCCGUGGCUGGGAAGAAGAUUCAUUGGCCCGGAGGAAGAGAAGGUCCUCCUGCCGAUGUUCCGGAGUGUGGAUUUCUAGGAAACGAUCCUUCUUGCACGUCCAGGACCGAAGCCUAUACUUUUAUCGCUUAUACCAGUUUGACCCUCAUUCUGUUUUUACUCGUUGCUGUUACCGCGAUAUGUGUGUUGUACAGACGUUUAAGGGUGUCGGCCGAUCUGAACAACAUGUCCUGGAGAAUCAGACCCGAAGAACUGCUCCUAGAAAUAGGGAAACCGUUCUCUUCGAAAAUUAAUCUGCACCAAACGAUAGCUGAGAAUUUUGGAUUGGAGCAGCGUAUUCGUCGUGGAUCGCAAUUCAGCUGCGAAUCCGUACCUCCAACUACGGUAUUCACCACCGUUGGAAUUUAUAAAGGAGAAAGAGUGGCUAUUAAAAAAGUCACUAAGAAGAAGGUAGUUGACGUGACCAAGAAAUUAUUGUGGGAGAUUAAACAAGUUCGAGACGUUACAUCGGAAAAUACAGUCAGAUUUAUCGGCGCUUGUCUCUGUUCUCCAUCACCGACCGUGUUAAUCUUGACAGAGUACUGUCCUCGAGGUUCCUUGAAAGACGUUCUAGAGAACGAAGCUAUUAAAUUGGAUUGGAAUUUUCGAAUGUCUCUAAUCCACGACAUCGUUAAGGGAAUGUCUUAUCUUCAUGCCAGCGAGGUAUCGGCACACGGAAAGCUUCGAUCCUGCAACUGCCUAAUCGAUGGCCGUUUCGUCUUAAAAAUUUCAGACUUUGGCCUCAAAACACUCACUACCCCGUCUGACUUAAUAAUGGAUGAUAAUUAUUAUACCAAAUUGCUUUGGAUCGCACCGGAACUGUUGUCAUUAACCGUGACACCAGGCAGUGCGGCAACUCAGAAAGGAGAUGUUUAUAGUUUCGCGAUCAUCUUAGAGGAAAUCGUGAUUCGUGGUGGCCCAUACGAAUCUGUGAAAUCGUUUAUGACUUCCCGAGAGAUCGUCGGCCGGGUUGCAGCAUCAGAAACGCCGUCAUUCAGACCGGAAGUGACACCAAAAGACUGCCCACCUGAUAUCUUAUCCCUUAUGGAGAAAUGUUGGAACGAAAUCCCAGAAGAACGACCAACGUUUCAUGCGAUUCGCGAAACUAUACGUGGCAUUAUGAAAGGCUACUGUGAAAAUUUAAUGGACGAUCUAUUAAGACGUAUGGAACAGUAUGCAAAUAACUUAGAAGCCCUUGUAGAGGAGAAAACGGAACAGUUAAGUCUAGAAAAGCGACGUAGCGAAGAACUUCUGUAUCAAGUGCUUCCAAGGCAAGUAGCGUGUCAGUUGAUGGCUGGAGAGAUGGUUCAACCGGAACAAUUCGAGUGCGUGACAAUUUAUUUCAGUGACAUUGUUGGCUUCACAGCUCUCUGUGCACAAAGUACACCGAUGGAAGUGGUAGAUUUUUUAAACGACCUCUACAGUACUUUCGAUCGCAUCAUCGAAUUCUACGAUGUUUAUAAGGUGGAAACAAUAGGAGAUGCAUACAUGGUAGUGUCUGGCUUGCCAGAAAGAAACGGCAAUAAACACGUGAGAGAAAUUGCCCUGAUGGCUCUAGCGAUUCUCGAUUCUGUACGUUCGUUCACUAUAAUGCAUAAACAGAAUGCACAACUCAGUGUUAGAAUUGGUGUACACAGUGGACCUGUUUGCGCGGGUGUAGUUGGUCAAAAGAUGCCACAUUAUUGUCUUUUUGGUGAUACAGUAAAUACUGCAUCAAGGAUGGAGUCUUCGGGACUACCGCUACGCAUACACAUUUCUGAAGCAACAAAAUGUAUAUUGGAUAAGUUUGGAACGUUCGAUUUGGAGCUCAGAGGUGAAGUGGAAUUAAAGGGGAAGGGACGAGUAAUUUCUUACUGGUUAAGGGGUUGCUCCGAACCAGAUCUAAGGCCACCAACACCGAAAUACCGGAAACACAGCGUUAGUACGCCGGACAAUAAUUUAAAUCCUCUAAUCUUCCCGCCUAAUAAUACAAAUGGUGCAAAAGCCAACAAUACUUUCAUUAAUUUAUCCGAAUUACAGCAGACCGUGUAAUCUUCGAAAAAUUUAAAGGUAAAAUGUAAAAAGAAUCAAUGUUCCAUGGUAGAUGUUCUUACGAUUUAAAAUUAAAGCUAGGGCUCGUAAUUAUAAUAAAUUUAUUUUAUUUUUUCCUAUUACGAUAUGUCGAUUCGGGAUGUUUACAUCAAUAACAUUUAAUUUAUACGUAAGUAGUAGAAUCUAUAAUAGAUUUUUGUCCUCAGGCGUGUAUAUUAAGUUGUUCAUUUCGAUCGACAUGACUGUUUGAAAAAUUGGUAAUUUUUAUUCUGUUUGUGAAACAAUUCUACUUAUCAAUAUAUACUUGUCUAACAACAAUGAUCUACGUAAAGCUCCGGUAAAUUGGAAGAGUCAACAAAAAGAAAAAAAAAAUAAGAAUUUCCUAAAAGAAAUGGAAAAACACACUUUAUUUUUUCUACUUCCACUGUGUCAAACUAUUCGCAGUUUCAACGUAGUGUAAUUUCUUUCUGAAUGUUUCUCGUUGAGUAGACUACAGCAGAAUCACCAUCUUUAUCUUUAUUAUCGUUUCCGUUAAACACUACUAGUAAUCGGUUACAAACCUCUGUAUUUUGUAUUAAUGCGAAACAAAAAAAAAUGUAAUAUCAAAUGUUUUUUUUUUUUCUUUUGAACUUCGUAAUAAAAGAUAUAUCACGUAGA